UAUGUUCCGAAAAGCAAGGGGCAAAAGCCAUACCAGUUUUGUCACUUUCUCAUCCACCAAAAAACUCUCUCACCAGCUACCCCAACAACUUCCUCUCUGUCUCUUCCCCUGAUGUCAAACUGUACGGUGGAGCGCUGCACAGUUGAGACCAGCGAUGGAGUCAAGCUCAGCGCAAAGCUCUUCAAACCCAGAGAAGAAGAAGAGAUCAAGAAGGGCAGCCCUGUGGUGGUUCUGGUGCACCCAUACUCCGUCCUCGGCGGCUGCCAAGGCCUGUUGAGAGGAAUAGCAGCUGGGUUGGCAGACGGAGGCUAUAAAGCUUUGACCUUUGACAUGAGAGGGGUUGGGAGGUCAACAGGAAGGGCCUCUCUCACUGGGUUUGCAGAAAUUAAGGAUGUGAUUGCGUGCAAAUGGGUUUCUGAGAAUCAAUCAGCUGACAGGAUUUUGUUGGUGGGUUCUUCUGCAGGUGCCCCGAUUGCAGGCUCUGCGGUAGAUCAGGUUGAACAAGUUGUGGGCUAUGUUAGUCUGGGGUAUCCUUUCGGCAUGCUUGCCUCAAUCCUUUUCGGGAGACACCACAAAGCCGUACUACAAUCCUCAAAACCCAAACUUUUCGUAAUGGGGACACAGGACGGGUUCACGAGCGUGAAGCAGUUAAAGAACAAGCUGAGUUCUGCAGCCGGUCGUGUUGAAACACACCUGAUUGAAGGAGCAGGCCACUUCCAAAUGGAAGGCCCUGCUUAUGAUGCACAGAUGGUGAAUCUUAUCCUUGAAUUCAUUGCAUCAUUGUAGGUAAUCAACCAUGUGUAAUGGAGUUGUUCUAUAUCAGAACGGAUCAGAUCCGCACCGAUCAGAUUCUCCCCGUUAGCAUCGUGCCGCUGAUGUAUGUGUAUGCUAACUUGUAAUCGUGUGUAAUUUGCAGGAGCUUAGUUGGUUGCUAUGUGCUUUCGGUGUAAAA